AACAGUUGCAGGUGAUUGGCUAAGAAAAUGACGGGAAUCAAGUCAUGCUUGUUGGUGAUUGUUUUACUCGCCCUGUACAACGAGAAUGUGACGUCUGCAUCAUCAACAGCUGCAAGCUCAACAGAUGCAAGCUCAACAGCUGCAAGCUCAACAGCUGCAAGCUCAACAGCUGCAAGCUCAACAGCUGCAAGCUCAACAGCUGCAAGCUCAACAGGUGCAGGCUCAACAGCCACAGGUACAACAGCCACAGGUACAACAACCACAGGUACAACAGCCACCAAUACGACUGCUCACAGCUCAGCUAUGACUCAGAUGUCGAAUGUUUUAAUUCUCUCAGUUCUGCCCACUGUUGCCUUUCUGCUAACCACCAUCAAGUUUUAGACGUAACACUUCUCUAUUCCCACCUUUCUGACGUCACCAAGCUAUACAUGUAAUACUUCUCUAUUCCCACCUUUCUUACGUCGCCAAGCUAUAGCAGCAACACUUCUCUAUUCCCACCUUUCUGACGUCACCAAGCUAUAGCAGCAACACUUCUCUAUUCCCACCUUUCUGACGUCACCAAGCUAUAGCAGCAACACUUCUCUAUUCCCACCUUUCUGACGUCACCAAGCUAUACCAGCAACACUUCUCUAUUCCCACCUUUCUGACGUCACCAAGCUAUAGCAGCAACACUUCUCUAUUCCCACCUUUCUGACGUCACCAAGCUAUAGCAGCAACACUUCUCUUUUCCCACCUUUCUGACGUCACCAAGCUAUACCAGCAACACUUCUCUAUUCCCACCUUUCUGACGUCACCAAGCUAUAGCAGCAACACUUCUCUAUUCCCACCUUUCUGACGUCACCAAGCUAUAGCAGCAACACUUCUCUAUUCUCACCUUUCUGACGUCACCAAGCUAUAGCAGCAACACUUCUCUAUUCUCACCUGUCUGACGUCACCAAGCUAUACCUAUAAUACCUCUCUAUUCCCACCUUUCCGAUACACAUUAACAAACUAUACCUUCAAAACUUCUCUCUUCCCACUUUUCUGAUACAAGUCACUUUAACAACUGAAACACGUGUCUACCUUUAAUACUUUUAAUAUUAACCCUUGUUUGGUUGCUAAUAAUUUAUUUUUAAAAAUAUGUUGCUAUAUUUUUAUAUUAUCGUAUUACUUUUUAACAUAGUAUUUUUAAUGAUGGUGUUUUAAUUGAACAUUUACCACUAUUGCAUUGGAGUAAAUAUUUCUGAUAUAUGACUUCAUACGUUUUGACACGAACCAGUCAGAAAGCUGACUGUCAACUUAUGUUGUCUUUCUGUUCCUGAAGUAGUUCACUGCUUGAUGACGGAGCAGAUGAAGGCAAUAGUGUCAAACAAUUGUUUAGUAGUAAAUGUUGCCAAUUUAUAUACCAUAUUUUGAUUUAUUUUAAUUCUAAUGUGUGGAAAUGUAAUACAUUGUUAUACCUAAAUCCCAAGUUGAUACACGUAUUGUAAGACGUCGAACGAUAUGAAACUCUAAACCAAACAUUUAAAAUCUCAAGCAAGUAAUUGUGUUUGUUACUCUGAUUAAACUUGCACAUAUGUAUUUUUUUUUAUUAUUUUAUUUUUUGGUUAAUUACAAUAUGUAAUAAAGACUAUAAAUAAUAUGCAUUAAGAUUUUGAUUUGCACCAAUCUUGAUUUCGUAAAACAAAAUUUUGUUUUUGAAUUGCCUAUCAAGUCCAAAUGAAUGUAUUUUUAAUAAUGACAUUUCAAUCUUUUUCUUCUGUUUGUUUCUGCAGAAAUAACAAUAAAAAUAUU